AUGUCUUCUUACUACGAUGUCGACGCCAUCUUGACCGACUCGCAAAAACUGCCCUGCACGUUCGAAUUGGACGUGCCUGGCCUCGGAUAUAUAGAGGGCAAUGCCGGUGGCACGGUUAAGGCGGGCACGAAGGUUGAUCUGCCCAUGUGGCUGGGCGUCAUGCUGGCGGUGUCUACAGGAAACACGCCCGGCUCUCCGCAGCUCGUCACGUUGGAUUUCCCGGCGCCGCUUCAACAGCGCGUCAUCAACGCGCUGAAGGCAGAUCCCAAAACCGUCGAUCUGCGCGCCCAAGCACCGCACUUCUACGCCCUCGGAGCACGAAUCAUGGAGUUGUUCGACGAUCGUGCCGUGUUGGACACUUUGUUAGACACAUUCAAAGAACGAGCGGCAGAAAUCGCAGAUCAGGCGCACAAUCCCCGCGGCGUGUUGGGUGAGGGAGCAGAGUUCCUGCGAGGGUUGGACGAGAGUGAGCGGCAGUUAUUCAAAGCAGCGCACGAGGGUCCGAAAGCCGUCAGAGCCUGGACGCAGGAUUUGAGGAAGAAUACUUGA